CAAUUAAUUUUUGGGUCAGUUGAUCAAACCUUGUCCAACAAUGGGCAACGACUGCGAGAUCAGCCAAGUCAAAGCGUCACAGACCGCAGAACAACAGAGCAAUUGCGUCCUCCCGGACUCUCUUGAUAUUUUAACGCCUUUCUCAAGACACAUUUUUACCGGGAUUUAUGUCGCAGUUUCAGUGGUGUCGCUUGUGGGCAACUGUGCGGCGAUUUAUUCCAUCACUAAGAGGAAGUAUCGGUUCGUCCAAAAAACCUGCAUCAUUUCACUUGCCAUUUCGGAUAUUCUGAGCACUGUUGUCAUCGGGACCAACAAUUUGGAAACAUUCUCGCACGAGUUGCUCGUUUGGACUUUGGGAUCAUUUCUCUGCUCUUUUAUCCCGAUGUGCCAAAUGGUCGGAAUCACUGCAAGCUCCACAGCUCUGGUGUUCAUCGCCAUGGACCGCUACAGAAACGUGGUCCACGCCCUAAGCAAACGCUGGAACCCUCCGCCACUGCACUGUCUCACAGUAACAGUCAUUUUGUGGCUUAUUAGUUUCGGAAUCUCGUACCCACUGUACGAUUUCUUCAUUCAAGAAGACGUCACGAUUGUGUAUGUCACUGGUACCGAAAAUUUCACUUUCGUCGACGCUAAAGUGUGCGUCAGCUUCGAUAAAGACAACAUGAAGACGUACUACAUUGUAAUGGUGAUUCUGAUUUUUUUGCCGCUACUGAUGAUUUUCUUGUGGUUUUACUACAAUAUCGCGUCUCUCGUUUGGAAACACCGAAAACCGGUCACGAGCUCGUUUCAGAAUGAAUCCUCCGCUGUGGAAAACUCCUCCUCGCAUCUUGAAGUCAAAAUGAAGAGUGUUAAGAACGUGGGGAAAAAUCGCAACAUAAGAGUUGAACGCAAGAUUCGCACGUUUAAAGUUCUGGUGACCUUAAUGCUGGUUUUUAUCAUUUGCCGAUUGCCGUAUUUUACUGUUUUCAUUCUGAAAUUGUCACUGACUGACGAUUAUGGUCUGUGGACUUGGUAUCUGAAUUAUGCUUUCAUGGCUUUGCAUAUUCUGAAUUGUUGUCUGAAUCCGCUGUUGUACACUUUCUUGAACCAGACGUUGACAGUUUGGAUUAAAGUGAAAAAGGGAAUCAAAGAUUUUACAUGGGAAGUUUGUUGCUUUUGCUUUUCCAAUGCCGAAUUUGACGCGUUUGAAAGGGAAAAUCCAUUUAUAAUCAAUGAUUAUAACAGGAACGGGCGAAAUUCCAAAGUUAAAUUUGAAGAAAAUGUGCAAGAAAUCGAAGCCAAAUAUUAAUGCAGCUAUUUCAUUUUGAUUAAUGAUUAAGAAAAGUAUCGAACAAUUAAAUAACUUUAUUUUUAUUUGAAUGAAUAUCUAUAUUAUACUCUUUGUGCUUUCUAGAAACAACA